CCUCAAGUCCCGUCAAACAAGUGAAAAUUAUUCGCAAUGGCUUUCACAAAGUCUAUGCCUUCUGCGGGCAUGCUUGCCCUACUCACCAUGCGACUUGCCCCCAGCGUCCUGGCAGGCAUUGAGAGUUGCUCCUCCAACAGCCCUCUGAGCUGUUCCAGCUCCAGCACCGCUGCCUCUUGCUGCUACAAUUCCCCCGGAGGGUCUCUCCUCCAGACCCAGUUCUGGGACUACAACCCUUCCACCGGCCCAAGCGACUCUUGGACAAUUCACGGACUUUGGCCAGAUAACUGCGACGGCACAUAUCAGGAAUACUGCGAUUCGUCCCGCGAGUACGACGAUAUUACCACCAUUCUUCAAAACCAGGGCCGUACCGAGCUCCUGUCGUACAUGGAAACCUACUGGAAGGACUACGAGGGUAAUGAUGAAUCGUUCUGGGAGCACGAAUGGAACAAGCACGGAACCUGCAUCAACACUCUUAACCCUGAUUGCUACACCGAUUACACCGCACAGGAAGAAGUCGGUGACUUCUUCCAAAAGGUCGUGGAUCUUUUCAAGACCCGCAACACUUACCAGGCCCUUUCCGAUGCCGGCAUCACCCCAUCCGACUACAACACCUACAACCUAGCCGAUAUCCAGAACGCUCUCGCCGCGAUCCACGACGGCUAUGCCCCCUACGUUGGCUGCAAGGACGGCAACCUCAACCAGGUCUGGUACUUCUUCAACGUCAAGGGUAACGCAAUCGACGGCACCUACGUUUCUGCCGAGCCGCUCUCGUCUUCCUCCUGCCCCAGCUCCGGCAUCAGCUAUAACCCUAAGUCUUCCUACUAGACGAAGGGCUAGUAGAGGCGAGAAUAAGAUACACCAGUGGUUUCUUUCAAGUGCUAAGCGUUUCUCUAUCAAUAGCCUAUGUCAAUGUAUAUACAUACAUCACGAUGAACAUAAAAUGUGGAUGAUGGCCGGUACAAACCAUGUUGUCUCUGG